AACUCUAAUUUUUUUUCUUUUUCAAGGUCAAAAUUUUGGCAAGUCGCCGAAUUCGAAAUCUCACACCCCACCAUAACCACGCACCAACUCCGUCAAACUCGUUAGACAGUCUUUUAGACAUUUCUAAUAAUAUAACUCUCCCACCCCGAUAUCAACAAGACGACAAUUCUCGAAAUUUUGCACUCAUGAGUGAGAAGACCGGUCAGCCUGGCGUUUCGCCGGAUGAGCGAGUUGCCAUCGGUAUAUCUUAUGGCAACUCCUACAGCUCUAUCGCCUGCACGAUCGACGACAGCCCUGUCGUAAUUGCAAACGAAGACGGAGACCGACAAAUUCCCACGAUUCUAUCCUAUGUCGAGGGCGAAGAGUACACCGGAAACCAGGCCAAGGCUUUCUUAAUCCGAAAUCCCAAGAACACUCUCAUUUCCUUCAAAGACUUCCUCGGCCAAGAGUUCAAGUCGAUUGACCCUACCCAUUGCCAUGCUGCUGCUCACCCUCAGGACUCGACUAGUACGAUUACUUUCACAAUCCAGGACAAGGUAGAAGGAGAAGAACCCUCGACUCUCUCCGUGAAGGAGGUAUCCACCCGGUAUCUACGCCGUCUCAUGCAAUCUGCUUCGGAUUAUCUCGGAAAGAAGGUCACCUCUGCCGUUAUAUCGGUGCCCACCAACUUCACAGAAGCUCAGAGAGAAGCUCUGAUCCAGUCCGCAAAUGACGCCGAUCUUGAGGUCCUCCAAUUGAUCAACGAGCCCAUCGCCUCCGUUCUUGCUUACGAUGCGAGACCUGAGGCCGAGCUAAAAGACAAGAUAAUCGUGGUGGCUGACCUUGGCGGCACUCGCUCGGACGUUGCCGUGGUCGCCUCAAGGGGUGGCCUGUACACCAUUCUCGCUACGGCUCACGACUACGAAUUUGCAGGCGUUCAUUUAGAUGGUGUCCUUAUGGACCACUUCGCGAAAGAAUUCAUGAAGAAGAAUGCUAACGUCGACCCUCGAGAGAACGCAAGGAGCUUAGCGAAGCUCAAGGCAGAAUCCGAAGCUGCCAAGAAGGCUCUUAGCAUUGGUAACAAUGCCAGCUUCAGCGUUGAGAGCUUGGCAGAGGGUAUCGACUUCCAAACUACCAUUAACAGACUACGAUAUGAGACGAUUGCGCGCAAAGUCUUUGAAGGUUUCAACCGACUGGUCGAGGGUGUGAUAAAGAAGGCUGGCUUAGACGUACUCGAUAUUGACGAGGUCAUCCUGUCUGGCGGUACAUCACACACACCUAGAAUCGCCGCUAAUUUCCGGGCCAUAUUCCCGGAGACCACUGCCAUCCAGGCCCCUUCAACGAGUGCCACCGCUAUCAACCCCUCGGAACUUCAGGCCCGUGGUGCGGCCCUGCAGGCCUCGUUGAUCCAGGAAUACGAGGCCGACGAUAUUGACCAAUCGACACACCCUGCGGUCACGACCGUAAAGCACAUCACGAACGCAAUUGGUGUUAUCUCAUUAUCCGACGAAGGUGAAGAAACUUUCACCCCUGUUAUUGCACCGGAGACGGCCGUCCCAGCUCGCCGAACAGUGCACAUCGCAGCUCCCGAGAACGGAGGAAGUGUUUUGGUGAAGGUAGUUGAGGGUGGUACCCAUAUUAAGGUUACGAAGCCCGAGCCUAAGCCGAAAGAGAACGGCAAGAAGGAAGACGACGAUGAGGACGAAGACGACAGCGACUUCGAUGAUUCCGACGAGGAGGAGGAAGAGCACCGAGAAAAGGUGUGGAAGAUCGGCUCUACCUUAGCCGAGGCGGCCAUCCGGGACGUCAAGAAGGGAGGCAAGGUCGAGGUCACGAUCAACGUGGCGGGCGACCUUGCUGUCACCAUCACGACGAGAGAAGUCGGCGGCAAGGGCGGCGUCAGGGGUACUUUGCCGGCCCCUUGAGAAUAGACUGACUACCUCCCUAAUAUUUUUGUGCCCCUGUUUUCCCCUUUGAUUUCGGUCUAAUGAAUAAGGGGGGUUCUAUGAUGCUUGGCGUGGCGGGCUUCUAGAUAACGCGAGAGAUGGGAACGGAUGGAAUUGAUGUCAUGUGGAAUGCGAGAUGCGUCCGACGUUCCACGUUCCUGGGGCAAGAAUACCUUUUACGUACCUACCUACCUAGGUAGUAGAUAUGAGGUAGGGCAGGCAGGCGGGCAGACAGGUUAUACAGAAUAGACAAAAGGCAUCUUGCACAA